UUCAUACCAGCCAUGGCCUGGGAUCUCUGAACACGCGGCAGCCUUACCAGCGACGUGGCGUCGAGCUAUUUGGAGUCGCUCUGAGACUAUGUCAUGCCUAUCAAUGCGCUAGUCCAGAUAGGUAUUUCUGCUUAGGUCUGACCCAAGAAACGGACACCAACUCCAUCGCGUUUUCACCUGAAUAUUCACGCUUGGGCAUGUGAGUCGUACUACGAAGCUGAACUUGCGAAUCAAGGUCACCGCCUGCGAUGAAGCGCUCGGAUGAAGCACCACCACACAGCUUGAGGUGGAGGCCUUGAGCCUCUGACCGACAGUCACCUCCAGGCAUUAUCACAUUUGCUCUCGAACCAGCAAGCCCUCUACCCCACCACCUUCCAACCCCGUCAACCAUGACCAAGGUGAACCUUAUCCUCAGCUUCGCCGCCGCGGUCGCCGUGGCUCUCACCACCUUCGACGGUGCCAACGCUGCCAGUCUCCGCGCCGUGGACGAUGACAGUUUCCUAGGCAGCUUCGACGCCAGCACCGACGCUAGCGACAGUGGCGCGGGCGAGCGCUUCUUGUUCGAGGUCGAAGGAAGUGAAAGCGCUGACGCCGACGUCGAAGGUAGCGACAGCCUCGAUGGCGAGCGGUUCCUCUUGGAAGUUGAAGGAAGCGACAGCGCCGAGACCGGCGAGAGCAGUAACAGUCUCGCAGGUGAGCGGUUCCUGCAGGAGGUGGAGGGCAGUGAGAGUACCGGCGACGAUGAGGGCAGCGACAGUCUCGCGGGUCAGCGGUUCCUGGUCGAAGUGGACAGCAGCGACGAUAGUACCGCCGACGAGGGCAGUGACAGUGCCGAAGGCGAGCGGUUCCUGCUGGAAGUCGAAGGCAGCGAAAGUGCUGAGACCGACGAGGGCAGUGAAAGUACCGACGGUGAACGAUUCCUCGAGGAGGUGACCGGGAGUGAGAGUGCUGAAGACGGCACCAGUAGCGAGAGCACCGACGGCGUCCGGUUCCUCCAAGAAGUGGAGGGAAGCGAGAGUGCCGAGGCUGACGACAGCAGUACUAGCGUCGACGGUGAGCGAUUCCUCACUGAGAUUGAUGUCGAAGGAAGCGAGAGUGUCGAGGGAAGUGAGAGCAUGGACGGCGAGCGCUUCCUCGAGGAAGUUGAAGGCAGCGAGAGUGCUGAGGACGAGGGCAGCGACAGCCUGAGCGGCGAGCGUUUCCUCGAGGAGGUGGAGGGCAGCGAGAGCGCCGAGGCU